CUUCCUGUACAGAAAUUUAAUGAAUUAUUUAAUUUUGAAAUGAAUUCAACACACCUAUGUUUUAUCGUCAAUAAAAAAUUUCUUCAACUCUAGCAACUAAAUAAAAAAAAUUCUUAAUCAGUUUUACGUUUUUAUCACACAAAGAUAAUGGAAUUAGAAGAACGAGAAUUUUCUCCUAAUUAUCAAUGUAUCAUCAAUGACGAAUAUUCGUGAUAACGUAAAGGUUUUUAAAAUAGUUUAUAAAAAAUAAGAAAGAAUUUCAGUGAAAUUAAAUGUUUGCGUAGAGAGAAAAAAUGAAGAUAUAUUUUAAUUGGAGUGUAUGAGGAAAGAAAAGAAAACUUAUUUUCGACAAUAAGUUAUCGAUUGACAUUAAUUGGUUGAAUGAAAUAGGGGUAAUAAGAAGGAAAGAAAGAGAGGGCAAAGUCAUGGAAUAUACAACAACAUUUGAUCAUUUAAGCAUGAUAAACGCUACAAAUGAUAAAACUGUGCCCCAUGUGAGUUUGGCUGCACAAAUUUUGCUGACUAUGGUAUACAUUGCGGGUGUUGUUGGCAAUGUUUCGGCACUAACAAUACUUUUUCAUGAAGACAAGAGAAGAAAUCCAAAGCAUCUUUUGAUGCUUCGGUGUCUCGCUACUAACGAUUUGGUGGCAUUAUUGGGAAUGUUGAUGCAAAUGUACAUGACAAUUUAUGUUAAUGACAUGCAAACAUCUCAGGUGGCUUGUUCAUUUCGUGUGAUUUGGAGACUUUUUGGACUUUUUAGUGGAUGUGUUGCCAUUGUUAUGGCAGCAGAAAGAUGGCUUGCCCUAACCAGACCCUUCGUCUAUCAAAAGCACGUGACAUUCCCGGUGAUUGUGAGAUUUAUGUUGAUCCUCUGGCUGGGGGCAGCGGUACUGACAACACUGCCACUUUUUGGAUUUGGUCUUUAUUAUCAAAAUGGAAAAUGCCGUCGAUAUAGAGAAGCGGAAGAAACUGGUGACAUUGCGUACGCGUACAUUUGGUUCAUAUGUGGCACUCUUCUCUGCUUUUUCAUUGUGUGGUGUAAUUUGGCAGUUUCCCGAGCACUCAAUCGAAUGGGACGUCGAACAGGAAAUAUAAGACGUAUUUGUCGGUCUUCAUCGAGAAUAAAACCACUUUUAACGGUCACUGGUAAAACACAAGAGGUAGUUGCGACAGCUGAAGAACGAGCAUUUUCCCGUCUUAUGGCAGUUUUAUCAAUUUCAUUCGUUGUUUUCUGGAUGCCACAAAUGAUAUCAAUUCCAUUGACGCAAUAUGAGCAUACAAUGAAUGACGAUGGAAAAAUUGUACACAGAAUUUUUCGUAUAUUUUAUGGAAUUGCUGAUAUACUUUUGUGCGUCCACUUUACUCUGGAUCCAUAUAUUUACGUAAUAUUGAGAAGGCGACAUCCGCAUUUUGGCUUUUUCAAGCCAUUGUGCCGUAUUUGUUGGACACCAAGAAGUAGAUCGAAUUCAUUGACAGGAACAACUGAGAAUCAUUGUAGUAGUGCUGAUUUGCCAACACCUAUUACUGAGGCUCCAUCAACACCAGUCAGUGAGGUUCAUGAACCUCAAUUAGUUUCUGUUGCUGUAUAAAUCAUAAUUAAGUGGGAAAAAGAAAUUAUAUUAAUUCUAGGUGAAUUA